UGUCAAACGUUUCAGUCAGCUGUCGAUUGAUAAACUGGCCAUUUGUUGCAUAACCAAUUUUCGUCUGAAUUUACGCUCGGUUUUUGAGUAUUGCAGGUGAAAAUGGCUGCGAGAAGAAUCGCCCAAAGUUCCGUCAACUGGAGUGCCAUUGCCGAGCGGGUUCCGGAAAAUCAACGUCCAGUUUACCUGGCGUUCAAGUCCAAAUCCGAUCAGUACCUCAGAAGGGUGAUGCAGUACCCCGAAAAGGCUCCGACCAUAGACUGGUCGUAUUACAAGCAGCGGGUGCCUAUAGCUGGUAUGGUUGAUGACUUUGAGAAGCAGUACUCUGCUUUGACCAUUCCAUAUCCGCGCGAUACAGUUAGCUCUCAAAUUGACGCCCAGGAGAAGGAAAUUAAGGCGGACAUUGAGAAAUUCAAAAAGGAAUCUAAUGCUAGGAUUGAGGAAUAUAAGAAACAGCUGGCACAUUUGGCAAGUUUGAUUCCAUUCGAUCAGAUGACACUGGAAGACUUCCGCGAGGCAUAUGCUGAUGCGUCUCUUGACGCAAUCAAUAGGCCUACACUGUGGCCGCAUGAUCCUGAAACUCAGCCUGACUAUUUCGAAAAGGAAGCACUUUUAGAAGAAAAGCACUAAACGCUUGCAAGUUACUAAAUUAGAGCUGGAAUUUAGAUGAUUAAUAUGUGUAAUGUAAAUUAUAAAUUUUGAGUUCUUUAUUUCUAAACCAAAACUGCCCUAGGGGCAAAAUAUUAAAAUACUUCAAAGUAGUAGAUCA